AUGAGGUGGAGAGGAUUCAGCUUCGGACUCAUCAUUCUGAUUAUACUCUACUUGAUCAUUCGCUCAGUAUUCACCCUCCUAGCACUGCUAUUCGAAGGUGAAUUCAGCGAUGGUAUUCCGGCAAGAGAGAUACGGCCCGCGAACUCCACGAGCACUGGACCGUCGUUGAUUCCCAAAAUCAUUCACCAAACCUACAAGGAUAACGAUAUACCUACUGGCUGGAGGGAGGCUCAGCAAAGCUGUAUUGACUUGCAUCCGGAUUACAAGUAUAUUUUAUGGACCGAUGAUAUGGCUCGGACUUUUAUUGCAACCCACUACCCCUGGUUUCUUGAGACAUUCGAAGGCUACAAGUAUCCCAUCCAGCGGGCAGACAGUAUCCGCUACUUUGUUUUAUACCAUUACGGAGGGAUCUACAUAGAUCUUGAUGACGGCUGCAACCGCAAAAUCGACCCCUUGCUCGUAUACCCAGCCGUUCUCCGCCGCACCGUGCCAAUCGGAAUCUCCAACGACGUGAUGGGCUCCAUACCACAGCAUCCGUUCUUCCACAGCGUCAUCCAGAAACUACAGUCGUGCGACCACAGUUUCGUCCUCCCGUAUCUAACAGUCCUGUUCUCAACCGGGCCCACAUUCCUCUCGAUUAUGUGGAAGGAGUAUACGUGGACGAAGCCGAUCGGAACGGAUCGUGUGCGCGUCUUGAUGAUACCCGAAUACAAGCAUCACUCGUGGAGCUUCUUCCGGCAUCAUCUGGGGAAUAGUUGGCAUCAGGGCGAUGCGCACCUUGUAUUUUGGAUGUGGGCGCACUGGCCACUGGUCACGUUAGCUGGGUUCGCAGUCCUGGGUCUUGUGGGGUUCUGUCUGUGGAUUGUAUACUCCCGUCUCUUCCUCGCCGGCUCUCGGUAUUAUCAUCGCCGCUACCGAUAUAGCAUGGCUGCUAGGGCUACGCCCCCUCCGUCCCCAAUCUGGUGGCCUCGAUAUCUCAGGCGUGGGCGGAGCUUAUCCUGGCUGGCCACCAAGCCGGAGGCUCGAGAUGUGUACCUUGAUCUUGCCUGA